UGACAUUUCGCGCUGAGACAACCACUUUUCGUCGGAGCCUGGACGAUUUUACUAUUGGGAUGUAGAAUAUUUGUAAUUUGAACCCAGUCAACAAAGCCUAUUCCGUCAUCAUGCCGUAUGCAAAUUCCCUUUUGAGGUCGAACAUGUCAACAAUCAAAGGCAAAAGACGAAUAAACACCUUGCGACAAUGGGCGACGGAAUGAAAGAUCAGCCAAGACAGUCUGAGGGACGCCGCGGUGCAGUACCCACCACGUUGGAUUUGACAGUGGUGACGACCAAGAAGAAGAGUGUUCAUGCUGCAUCCUAUGGUUUCCGCAAGGAGCUCUUCCACUUGGCAAGGAGGAGGUUGUUCGAAGGAAUACAGACUGCCACGGGACUAUACUCGGACUUUUCAGAGGAGUUCGAGUUGCUAAGUACGUUUCAUCAUGACAAAGACAAGAACGCAAACACAGAAAUGGGACAGACUGUUGCGCUCUUGACAACUAUUCUUCGAUAUCAAUCCAGAGCCGACGAGCUCUUUACAAAGAUCAUCCUUCCAAUGCUACGAAACACAACCUUUCAGGAGAACCAUGCAAUGCUGCGAACGUACCCGCUCAGUCGUCUAUGCCAUGCAUCAUUCCUCUGCAAUUUGUUGGCAUUGUUCCUCCGUCGAUACACUCCGUCUUCUAGCAGCAGCAGCAGGGAAGAAGAACUAUCAGAGACUUGGACAGAUCGCAGCGAGACCGUGCACGCAACACUCCACGAAAUGCUCAAACAUGAAGCCGCUCAACUGCUUUUUACAGUUUGCAGUGGUGCUGAAGAAGAGUCACCACUGACUACUUUGAAGUUACGGCUUGAUGAUUUGAUGAUGGCGGACAACAAUCAAUCUGGGAGCAUCAUAUCCACCAAUCUACAAUCGGCGUGGCAAGCAACCGGACACAUUCAUGAGCUGGAAACACUGGCCUUCCUAUACGAGGAUCAAGUUCAGAAUGAACUAUUUGAACCUAACAAGAUGACAGAAGCCAUGUUCAGGGAAACAUGCUAUGAAGUCUUGAUAUCCAUGGAUCAGUGGUGCCCUGUGCAUCCGAGUCAGCUUCAGAAAAUGACCAUGGACGCUUCGUUGCGGGAUUGGUACCAGGCGCUCUCGACGCGACAAACCUUUCAAAGCUUCCACGAAAAGAACAAGGACGAGAUGGUUGACCACAGCGGUCGGUGCUCAUCCACUGCCAUUUCUGACUACUCGUCGACGCUGUACUCUGAAGAAGGAAUGACACCAAUUCCGAACGGUGCCCAAGAUGCUCUCUCUGGGACAUCAUCGAUAUUGCCAAGGCAACAAGUCCAGUCUCGAGUCGUGAGACGCUUACUGCCCAGUACCGAAGGCCAGGUUGCUGCAGAAAGAAAGAAGAGUGACGAUUCCAUUUCCAGCCUGGAUACGCUGUCGACGUUUCUGGACGACUAUCACCAUUCCAAAAAUCCGUCAAGUCAUGGUCAAGGUCAUCACAUAGAAUGGGGUGGUCAAGCAAAAGAGCACCUCGUGGCAAUUGUUCCCGGUGGUCUUUGCAGCAACUACAAAGCUCAAGAGGGAAAAGAGGGCCUUGGAGGAAAUGGGGCGACAACCAUUGCAGCUCUCAUAGCACAUAGACAAGACAUUCGCAAGCACUACAAGGAUGGAGUGGUGUGGCUAUCGUUCCCAAAGCAUCAAUAUGGUGCUGCUACAAAACGGCAGCAUCUCAGUUACGCUAGAUACAAAUACAUGCUCGGAGAACUCUUGAAUCAGAUUCAGGCUACAGGAAGAAACAGUGGCUGCGGCAGCACAGCAGAAGACAACGGCUGGCCAGAAUUUCCAGAAAUGAUACCUUCCCUGGAUGAAAGCCAUCCAAACCGCACCAGUGACCUUGUAGAGGACGGAUUCAAGGCUCAUUGUUUUGAUCUGGUUGAAGCAUUUCUUUGCAAGAAGCGUGUCUUGUUGAUUCUAGAUAACGUUGACAAUGAAACUCUUCGAUGGUUCAGGUUCUGUCCCAAUCAACGGUUUCAGGGCCCAUCAUUUCCGUCCAGACAAGAAUUCUCUUUGUUGGUCACGUCAAGGAAUCCCACGUUGGUUGCCCCCGCUGACACUGUUGAAUUGGAAGCUCUGAGUCCUGUGGAAGCCAUCCAAAUGCUGAGUGCCAUGACCGUGUUUGAUGAGCAAUCAGCAUGUGUUGAAGACGCCAGAAGAGCCAUCCGCAUGUUGGGUCAUUUGAAGCCGAUAUUAUUGUCACCGGUAAGGAGGCUUGUGGAAAACAAAUGUCGUAGCCAAGGGCUCGAGGAAAGGAUGUCUUUCAUCGCAAAGACUGUUGCCUCCUUGGAGAGGCGCCUCAAUGAGUCUUGUGAGUCUUGCUUGACAUCAGGUCUAGUACUCAGGCAUUGCAUUGACGAUCAAGUGGGGACACAAUCUCGACCGAUCCGAAUAUGUCUCUCGGCCUUCGGGACUGUGUUUUGCAGUCAAGAUGCCAAAUCAGACCCACUUGUUCCCUCGAGCACACCAUACUGCAAUCCUUCGUCGUCGGAUGCGCCUGAGGUGCCCGUCUCGGUCGUCGAUUGUCUGUUUCAUUGCGUUCUACGACAGCUAGGCGCCACGCUUUCGCCGGCAAGUGUACGAUUGCACCUCAUCAACCUCGGAUUUCUACAAAAGCUUAAGCUCAACACACGCCGUCACGACGUCGAAGGUUCGGACGGUUGGUGUGUCAGAUUGGCACAUGCAAUUCACAAGGAUUUUGCUUCUUCUGAACUCGAGGAUCUAGAAGGAAAGGAGUUGGCUCGAAUUUGGAACGGUGAAUUCGCCGACGAUCUUUUGCGGACGUUGUUCAUGUCCCCCAUGGAUGAAUCAGUUGCAACCGGAUCAUUUGACGAUUCCACGAAGGAUGUUGUUUGGGGUUGGACCGCACCACGGGAUCGGUUUCCAAUGUUGAGCUAUGCCCUCCAAAGCCUUCCUGGGCACAUGAUACGAGGCGGCCUCUACCAGAAGGCCAUUCAAAUACUCCAUACGAGAAGCUUUCUUCACGAGCGUGUGUUUCAUUUUGGUGUUGAGUUUGCUACUUCAAGUCUGAUCAGUGACAUGUCACAAUUGCAGACGGAGCUGGGCGCUGGCCCCUGGAAUCAAAAGGAGACAGUUCUGAAGACGUGGAAACUUCUAGGCGGCUAUUUGGCAGACUUGAUGAAGGAACAAUCAACCACCAGAGAGUUGCAAGACGAGAAGAAAGUCGAGGUUGGGAGCUUUGCAAACGAUGAAGUCGCAAACACCGAAUCUCGCGAGCUUGGGCGUGCCUUCUUAAAACUUGGAGCAUCACUCUGUGACAUGGGCUACUGGAAUGAAGCCAUUCCAUUCUGGGAAUCUAGUCGAGAUGCAUAUAUCUUGUCCGUUGGCGAACAUACAGAAACUACGGCCGCCUUAUCGCACGCCCUUGGAAUCUUACAUUUGAAAGUGCAAAUGCAUGAGGAUGCCAUUCACUUCUUUACCGGAUGCCUUAGCACCAGGCGGCAACUCUACGGGAACCACAGUCUCUGCGCCAAAACUCUAACCUCAUUGAGCGAUACCUUCGUCUUGAUCGGUGAACUAUCUGAUGCCCAGAAGGGAUACGAGAUGGCGAUGGGCAUGCUGCGUCACAAACCACGCUUGCAUCGGGAUCAAAUUGGAGACAUCCAGGAGCGAAUGGGCGAUCUCUACCUAAAACUUUCCUCGUGGGAACUGGCACUCAAGUGCUAUGAAUUUGCUCUGUUGUAUAAACAGGCAGAGUACGGCGAAGACAGCACGGAGCUUGCUACCGUGCAUCAGCAUAUGGGAAUGUGCCUUAUGCACCUUGAGGAUGAUUCUUCACUGACUGAGCAUCAUUUGGAUCAAGCAAUUGCUCUCUUUGAGGAAAUGCGUCUUUCUGAUGGACAGGAAGACGACGAAGAAUGGAAUCGUGCCCGACUCUUUGCGACAAGAGGAAUCAAGUUGUGCUGCAGCAAGGAGUGCGGUCCCCAAGAAUGCAUAUCGCUUUUCGACAGGGCGCAUGACACGAUGCAGGAACGCAUUAGGAGGUUGUCAGCAAGCAAUGAGUCGACGCCCGUGGCAGAGAAAAUGUUUCUUGCAUUCGUUCUCCGUGAGAUUGGAUCAAUCCACCAAAAAUCUUCAAACCAUGCUCUUGCACUGAAGUUCUUUCAACAAAGCCUUAAUGCCUACCGCUGUGAUGACGAUGACGAUGACGACCACGACGAGCUCAGUGACGAAAUGCCUUGCAGUCGUAUGGAAGUCGCCAGAACAAUGUUUAGCAUGGCUACAUCAUUAGUUGGCUUAGAAAGGAAAGAGGAGGCAUUGAAAAUUCUCGACAUUGUACUGGAGACACGACUAAGGUAUACUCCAGGGACAGCACAAGUCGCCGAGACCCAUGAAACGAUAGCCAGAGUUGCCCGCGAAGAACGAAACUUGAUGAAGGCACAGGCAUCACUCAAGGAAGCUCUUGAGAUCCGAAAGCAGCUGUAUAACUUUGACGAAAGCCAUGCGUCAGUAGCAGCAGUUAUCAAGGAGCUUGGUGACCUGAUAGAAGAGAUUUGGUAAUCCUCUGGCCUGCCAAGCAAAACGAUGUAUUGGUUUAUAGUUUCUUGACGCUUCUCGCACGAUGGUACCGAUAUCCUAAGCUGCAACUAAGACAGCACAAUCCUACAACAUUACGACGCUAUCUCAAGAAUAUUAUCUCCGCAGCUUGCUGCAAACAAUGCAACGCGGUCCAUUAAACGACUUCCACUCUUUUCAUUUUUGUUUCUCAUCCACAUCAGCACAACUGUCACUCACUGGAUUGUCCUCGUUCACAAGCUAGCGGAGAACGUUACCAUCCAAGAAAUGAGCAUGGGCACAGCGGUCAAGAUUGUAUUGCUGGCCGUUGUGGAAACGGCCCCAGAAGAAGGCGAGUCAGCAGGAGCAUCGGUAGCACCAUCAGCUGGAGCCGGGGCAUCGGUAGCACCACUAGAUAGAGCCGGCGGGGCAUCGGUAGCACCAUCCGCUGGAGCGUCGUCCUCAGUUGUAUUUGGCGAGCUGCCUGAAGGAGUCAAAGGCACACUUUGGAAAUCAGACCCAGAAAUCUCACAGGAGGGUGCUGUGUCCGUGCAAGCAGUUUCGUUCUGUGAGCAACAGCCGGGCCAUCCGCCAAUGUAGCAACUGUAAUCAGGUGCAUUGGUACAGUAGGACGCCCCUGUCAGCUCGACAUCACAAUCUGAAGCCGUUUCGGGGCAAGAGGCCGCAUCGACUGAGCAGCAUGGGGGCCAGCCUCCUGUCCAGCAUUUGUAGUUGGGAGCAUACGUGCAAUAACUCGCUCCAAGAAUGGUGCAAGCAGGUUGCUCUUCUGGGCAUGCCUCACCCUCAGUUAAGCAACACUCUGGCCAUCCACCGCUGAGACAGAUCCAAAUGCACCACAGAAAAAUGACGGACACGACAAAAUGAUUGAUUGAGCAUUCGAGCACGAUAGAAGAUGUCAAACCUAUCCAAAACUCGCUCACCUCCAGCAAUCAUGAUCUGGGGCAUUGGUGCAAUAGGAAGAACCGGUUACAGCAUCGCAGCCAGGACGGGUCUCGGGACAAGUUGAAGGAUCACUAUCGCAACAAGCCGGCCAUCCACCUGAAAAGCAUCCAUAGUUGGGAGCCCUUGAGAAGUCAUUCGAGAUGCGAAUUUGGUAGAGUAUUUGUCAUUAGUUAGGAUAAAAAAAGCGUCAACCACGG